CCGUGUGCAGCGGCGUGAGGGGAGGCGGGCGGGCCGGCAGGCGGGGGCUGUUCCUCGUCUCACCCCCACCCCCGCCAGGGCUUCGCUGGCGGUCGCUGCCGCCGGUGAGCGCUGGGAGGCGACUGCGAGUCCCCGCCGCUGGAUCCGUUCGGGGAAAGCGAACGAGCGGGCGAGACUUUUACCUUUUCUCUCUUUUUUUUCCCCCGUCUUUUACCCACCAUGCUGUGGACGCCGCUGCCCGCGGAGGAGAAGCGGCGGCUCGGCCCGGCGCCUUUCCCCUGAGGAGAUGAGGGAGGCGCGGCCGGGCCGGAGCUAGCGCGACCCGCACCUCUCCCCCGUCCUCCCCCCGCCCGCGUCCCCGACCACCAUGGGGGAAGAGAGAGAAGCCGCCGCGGCCGCCUCCCGCCACGGACCCAGCAGAGCCCCGCAGCACUGCCAGCAGCCGGACGGCAGCGGGGCGACUGCCCCCCUGGCGCUCCCCGGCGGCAGCGGCGGCAGCCCGGAGAGCCUGCGGAACGGCUACGUGAAGAGCUGCGCGACCCCCUUGAGGCAGGACCCCCCGAAGAGCUUCCUCUCUCUGCUGCUGUUCCCUACCGCCGCCGCCGCCUCCUCCUCGUCCCGGGCGCUGCUCAGCCUGGGCGCCCUGGCCGCCGUUGUCCUCUCGCUCCUGGCCUUUCACGGCCGGGGCAGCGCCGGGGGCCAGCAGGACGGGAGCAGCUGGCGAAGCCCCCAGCCGCUGCACGCCUUGCUGUGCCUCUUCCGCUGCCUCAGCCCCCUUUUCAGCAUCGCCUGUGCCUUCUUCUUCCUCACCUGCUACCUGGCCGGCGACAGGCGCGGGGAGCGCGGCGGCGGCACGACGCGCUGGUGGCUGCUGGCGCUUCCCGUGUGCUGCUACUCGGGGGACUUCGUGGCGCUGCAGUGGCUGCUGCCCGCCGAGGGGCACGAAGAGGAGCCCCAGGACCCCGCCGAGCCGCACAUGGUCCUAGGCAGGCUCCUGACAGUGCUGGGCUUGGUGGCAGCGCUGACCCUGCUGCAGAGCUCCCUGAAGUUGCGGCGGAGCCUCCUCGUCUUGGUCUUCGCCAGCCUGGUGUGGCUGGUGUCUCUCAGCAGCCUUCACUCGCUCCCCCCAGACCUCAGACCGCUGCUGGCCGGCUCGGUCGGGGUGGCAGGCUGCCUCCUGGCACUCUGUGGCGGGGAGCGCGGCAUCUUCUCGGCUCAGAGCCGAGGAGAGCACCACCAGCAUCAUCACCACCCACGGCUCCCCAGCGUGGAGGAAAAAGUGCCUGUGAUCAGACCCAGGAGGAGAUCUAGCUGCGUAUCCUUAGGGGAGACUUCGGCCAGCUACUAUGGCAGCUGCAAAAUGUUUAGGAGACCCUCGUUGCCUUGCAUUUCCAGAGAGCAGAUGAUACUUUGGGAUUGGGAUUUGAAGCAAUGGUACAAACCCUAUUAUCAGAAUGCUGGCAGUGGAAACGGAGUUGAUCUUUCAGUACUAAAUGAGGCUCGGAGCAUGCUAACAGACCUCCUGACUGACCCAUCCCUUCCACCACAAGUGAUUUCUUCCCUUCGAAGCAUUAAUAGUUUGAUUGGUGCUUUCCCAGGCACAUGCAGGCCAAAGGCUAGUCCAUUCACUCCAUUUCCUGGUUUCUUCCCCUGUCCUGAAAUAGAGGAUCCUGCUGAAAAAGGAGAUCGAAAGUUGCUCAAGGGAUUAAAUAGCAGGAAUAGCCUGCCAACAUCACAGCUGAGACGAACUUCAGGAGUUUCUGGCAUUCCACCUAUAGAAUCAACAUCAUCUAGAUGGGAGCGGAGUAACAGCAAGAGAUCUCAUCAGGAAUAUAGCACAUCCAGCCAAGGAUCUCAUUCAAAUGGGUCUUUUGGUGCAAGCUUGCUGACAAUACCAAAACAAAGAUCAUCUUCUAUGACAUUGACUCAUCAUAUAGGUUCCAGACGAGCAGGUGCUUCUCCUGGCCUGAGUCCUGCGGGUUCACCUAGUCAUGGAUCUGUCUCCAGCGGGGCUUUCAGCAGCUGGUCACCUGUAGAAUUUCCUGAUACUGCUGAUUUUCUUACAAAACCAAGCAUUAAUAUAUAUAAGCCUCCAGGAUACACACUUAGCUCUCCAGAUUUUCAGCAGCAAGUUAAAGCACCUCUAGGUUAUGUGUGUAGCAGCUGUGGACGUCAGAUACUGAAGCCUGUUCCAACACCAGAACCAGAAUUUGCAGAAUGUAAAGACAGAAAAUCAGGUGAAAUUGGAAGUGCUAGUAUUUCAAAAGACCACCAUACAGAGAAGAAAAAAGAUGAAAGGAAGGAAAUGAUCGAUCAAACACAAAAUAAUCUGCUUGUGGAGCAGAGUCCUACAUUAGAAACAAUGUUAUUAGACCAUCAUUCCCUAAUUGAGAAGAUGAGCAAUUGGAAUUUUCAAAUUUUUGACCUCGUACAAGAAAUGGGAGACCAAUCUGGAAGGAUCCUUAGCCAGGUAAUUUAUACCUUGUUUCAAGACACUGGUUUGUUUGAAAUUUUCAAAAUCCCAACUCAAGAAUUCAUGAAUUACUUCCGUGCACUAGAAAAUGGCUACCGAGAUAUUCCCUAUCACAAUCGUAUACAUGCCACAGAUGUUCUUCAUGCAGUAUGGUAUCUGACAACACGGCCCAUUCCUGGAUUUCAGCAAAUGCAUAAUGAGCAUAUAAUGGAAAGUGAUAUGGAUGAAGCCAGUGGUAUCGCCCCUGUUCAAGUCAGCUACAUUUCUUCAAAAAGUUGUUCUAUUGCUGAUGACAGUUAUGGUUGUCUGGCAUCAAACAUUCCUGCUUUGGAAUUGAUGGCAUUAUACGUAGCAGCUGCCAUGCAUGAUUAUGAUCAUCCUGGUCGUACAAAUGCUUUUCUAGUGGCUACAAAUGCACCUCAGGCUGUUCUCUACAAUGACAGAUCAGUCUUAGAAAAUCACCAUGCUGCUUCUGCCUGGAAUCUUUUCUUAUCACAACCAGAAUACAACUUUUUAUCAAAUCUUGAUCAUGUAGAAUUCAAGCGUUUUCGUUUCUUAGUGAUUGAAGCAAUCCUUGCCACAGAUCUCAAGAAGCAUUUUGAUUUCCUUGCAGAAUUUAAUGCCAAGGUCAAUGAUAUCAACAGUCAUGGCAUAGAAUGGAGCAAUGAAAAUGAUCGCCUACUGGCCUGUCAAAUAUGCAUCAAACUGGCGGAUAUUAAUGGCCCAGCAAAAGUGAGAGAGCUACAUCUGAAAUGGACAGAAGGCAUUGUCAAUGAAUUUUAUGAACAGGGUGAUGAAGAAGCAAGUCUUGGAUUACCUAUAAGCCCCUUCAUGGAUCGUUCUUCUCCACAGCUUGCAAAACUGCAAGAAUCUUUCAUCACUCACAUAGUUGGACCCCUUUGUAAUUCCUAUAAUGCAGCUGGGUUGCUUCCAGGGCAGUGGGUUGAUGAAGAGGAGGAGGAUGCAGAUAGUAUUGAAGAUGAUGAUGGAGCACAGUUAGAGAGUGAUGAUGAAGAAAUGGAAGAUGAUCUCAUUUUAAAAGCUCGAAGAAAAAAAGGUAGACGAAUAUUUUGCCAGCUAAUACACCAUCUCAGUGAAAAUCACAAAAUAUGGAAGAAAAUGAUUGAAGAGGAAGAAAAAAAUAAAGCUGAAGGAGCUAAACUGCUGACUGAGAUCUCAUCUUUACCUCAAGCAGAUGAAAUUCAGGUUAUUGAGGAAGCUGAUGAAGAAGAUGAGCGACAAGUAGGAGAAGACAAGACAUGCUAAGAAAACUUCAGUGGUGUCCAGUAUGAUGAUAGCCUACUUUUUUUCACUGUGCUGACUUUCGCCUGACACAAUUCACAUAAAAUUGAAAGGCCUUAAUACUGUGAGAGGAUUCUUUCUACUCUAGUGGAAUCCCACUCCUAUGCACUUUCGCCACACAGAAUAUGAAACUUUAUUCAAAGAUUGAGUAUUGUAUACCCUGAUGCAAAGUUCUUUAUGCCUUAGUUGGUAUAAAAUAUCCUGAUAUAAUGCUGCCUUGCUGAAAUGGAACUCUUCUUUUCCUUGAGGUACCUGCAAUUUUUAAAAAACAUUCAGUGACUUCAGUUACCAAAGUGGCAAGAACUUUUGCUAACAAGGAAAUGUGGGAUGAAUCCUAAUAUUGUCUUUAGUUCUUUAUUUCAUGUUAUUUUUGAACAUGAAUAAGAAAAAGCCUGUGCCUAUAUGAAAACUAUGUUACUGUUGCAGUGCAAGCCUGUUGUGGGGUGUCUACUUAGUGCAGUAGUGUGCUUAAUGUAGUCAUCUCGGAGCAACUGUUCAAGGACUGUGACACAAUGCUGAAUUCUGAUAUUUGUGGUUUAAAAAAAGAAAAAAAAAUCCAGGUGCAUCUAUUUCUGAUGCUUUUUAUUAUUGUGCAUAAUCUGAUGUUUUAUUUUUGCAGAAAAUAUUCAGGUUUGCAGUGGGUGUUCAUGAUAAUUCAUUGAGUACAAGGCCAUUAUCAUCUUUCACCUUGCUGUUUUAUGGUAGAACAUUAAAAACCUGUUCAGCUACUUAAAUUAUUGAGGAAUCUUAUUCUUUUAGUCAUAAUGCUAUAUUUCCUGCCCUUACUCAGGUUCCUGUUUAAAAACAAGUCAACCAUAACAUAGGUUUUUAUCUUACACCAAUUUCCGGUAUUAAAUUUUAAGGAAAUAAAAUCGCGUUUCAUUUAUUCUUUGUAUGUAAAACUUCAGGAGCAUUAAAGAGUUAAAAAAAAAAAGAAAAAGACAUGAGCUACUGUUUCAAAAUGGCUAGUGUAUUUUAACGUGCCCAUAUCUUUUCUCCCAUCGCAGACAGAGCUUAUAUUGACUUUAAGUUUGAUGUACAUCCUGAAAUAUACAUAUGGAAAGCAGAAUAUGAAAACUUUGUGUAAACCCUAAUAGUAAGAUAAAUAUCACCGUACUAUAUUACAUUUUUAGAUUGUUGAGUUUUUAAAUAAGGGACUUAGAGAUUCCACACCAGUGUAUUUUUAGGAACACCACCAUUGUAGGUCUAAUUGAAAAAAAAAAAAAAAAGCAAGCAUAAAUUCGGCCACAGGUAUGUAAGCAGGCCAAAAAUAAAGCUAGUUUUAAAAGUGCACCUUUUAGUACUAAACAUUUAUAUGCUGUGCAGUUGAAUUGAAUAAAAACAAAUGCACACAUGUGCAUGUUGCUAAAUGUAUCUUAGCAUAUUUGUGUUUACAUUUACAUCAGUUGACUUUGAAAAAAGUUAACAUUCCUAAGAUAACCUUGUGUAAAUCAUAUUGCGCUAUUUUACACAAACAAAUUUUUAUUUUGCUCUUUGAUUGGCCAGUUUAAAUAACUGAAAGGAAUUAUUUUUUUAUUUUCCACUAAUAAGCUUUUUGUUGACCCAUUUAGAAGACCACUGAGAAAUGCUUUUGCUAUUUUAUAUAUUCAGUGCCAAAUUCCCCUUUGCUGCCAUUAUUACUAUCACUGCAUUUUUUGUAACAUGAGCAGUGUUAAAACCAGAUAUUUCUGUCAUUAAUAAAAUGUUGCACUAUUGAAGCUGGCACUUACUGAUCAUUCACUUGUAUUUUACAUUUGUUGUUCAUAUAUUUUCCUAACAGAUAAUUUGAAGACUACAGAAAUUAUGCUUGUUUCAGUAUGCUGUAUUCUCAGCAUUUCCUGUUUAGCCUAUGUGUUUGUACGUAAAAAUAUGACUUUAAUACUGUUUGGUUUGAUUUUUUCUUUGACUUAAAAAAGGAUGCAGAUGAGUUUGUCUAAAGUUACUGUGGUAUUAUUUUAUAUUACAGUUUUCCAUUUAAUUUCCUUUAAAAAAUUAUUAUUAAAAAUAAUGUAAAGAAAGAAUAAGAAGGUAAAAAUAACAUUUUAUCGUUUACUAAAGCAUCGGCAGCAUUUAUAUCUGGUGACAACAUUGCUAGCAACUUUUUUUAUCUCAGGUUUCCCUUAAACUCUUUGAGAAAUACUGAAGCAUUUUUUUAAUUCUGAAACAAGUAACAGACCUUAGUGUUUAAUAACCUAUGAUGCUAAUAUGUAUUUCCAAUAAGAUAUUUUCAAGUUACAAUAGCUUGCUUCCAAGAUAUGAUUAAUUAUGAAUGUAUUCAAAAUCCACCUUAAAAUGUCUGUUAUUUAUGUAUACAUAAUAUGUGACAUUGUUACGCCAAGAGUAAGAGUAAAAGAAUAUACAAAUGUCAUCAAAGGUUGGUUCAGGGCAAGUUUGCAGAAUUGGAUGUAACUGUAAUCGAAGGUGUCUUGAUCUUUCAAACAUGGUGAUUGAGGGUCAUCUGAAUGUCGAUUGAGCUGUUGUCAACAAUAAUAUAUCUCCAUAUAAGGCAUAUCACUCUUAUUCUGGUAACAACCCACUGAGAAAUUACAACCAAUUGAAAUCUGUGGUCACAGUUCAGUUCACCGCUACCAAGGGAUGAUAGGAGCACAGAAAGCACACAAAAGAAGGCAUUUAAAAUACGUUCUAAAGCAACACUCACCACUUUUUUUUGUGAAGAAUGAGGCCAAAUUAGGCUAUACUGGGGUUUAUGCUGCUACAGUAGGCGUACCUUUUAUGGAUAAUAUUCUCAGGUUUAAGUAAAGUUUUUAACCCCUUUCCUGUCAAGAGUCUCACGUCUCGUCGUUGCCUUCUUUUACAAUGUAUGUUGGAUUACUUGCUCCUAUGCAUACAGUGCAUACAGAAUGAGACUACAAAGUUUCCUGUAAGGACCCAAUUCCCUUCAUGCCUCUGGAGACCUCUGGAUGUUACGGUGGUGCUAAACUAGUCAAAAGGAACCACUUGGAUCCUCUUCCUGUGAGUUCUUCCUCCAUGACAAAGUUAGACAGCAAGUCUAAGAUGCAAAAUGAAAGGACUAGUGUAACAUUACUUAAGGUAAGUCCAAAUUAACAAUGUUUGCACACGACCUCAUUUGUUCUGUGCAUAGAACCAUUUCUUCUCUGUAGUUCUUGCAUUCAGUUUUAACCAGAACCAGUGGCAGGUGAAUCAGCACAAGCAGUUAGCAAGAGCCCACUUUUAGCUCUGGUCCUUCCUCCUGGGCAGGCAUAGUUGAGGCUGGGCUUCUGAUUCCACUAAAAGUAUACACAGAAUUUGAGGUAAUCUAAUCUAGUGUGUGGCACUAACAUUUGCAAGGCACUACUUUCCCUUUUGUCCAAAAAACACUUGAGAAGGUGUGAGAGGUGCAGAAUUGGAAGUGUCUCAUACGCUGGUGAGUGUGAGAUCAGGAAUCCCAAUCUGUGAGACACAUUCUGGAGUAAAAGGAUGGCAUUGGCUUAGGUGAUGAGAAUUAGAAAGGAGAAGUAGGAAUGGCACACACACACACAAAAGAUAUGUUCUUAUUCAGGAGAGAGACACUGUUUAUUGUUUCAAGCCAGUUCAUUGUCUUCAAAAGAAUAUGGAAACAAGGUAUCUUUGGUAAAUCAGAAUAUUUGGAUAGUUAGAAAUUAAAUUAAAAUAGAAAUUAAAAAUAAGUUGUACUGCUUAAUAACAAUACAAUUACCAUAACUUAAGUUUGAUGCAAGUUUAAGAAAAUUGACUUCUCUGUGGCCAAUAAAGAUUAGAUGAGAGAAAAUAAAUAUAGGAAGUUGAUUAAAUGAGGUACAAAAAGCAUGACCAAGACAGUUGUUUUUUUUUCUUUUUCCUCCAGCUUUCUUCAGAAUUGUGUUUCUGGACAACUUGCUUCUUCUUGUCUGUGUUAAGGCAAAUGCGAUAAUGAAUUGCUUUCAUUUUUGGAAUGAAGAAUUUUCCUUUCCAUAUCUUCUGAAGUAAGCCAUAAGAAUCAUACUGCAGGUUCUCUGAGAUGAAGCUGGCCAAACAACACAACCGUUUACUGAUCUUAAUUUAAUAGGGACGUAAGCAAUUAGUACUUUUGUUCUCUGCUAAAUGAGGAAGAAUAAUGUCUUAUAUUUCAGAGGAAACAGGAAAGAAAGCUUAUGGACUAAGCUGCUCUAGGAUAAACACUCCAGUGCACUUGAGUUUCUAGUUGGCGGUGACUCUCCUGGCAUAGUGUACGUCCCCCACAUCCUUAUGAAUCCAGCCAAUAGGUACAUAACUCUGAACUGAGCAAUCCGUCUCAAUGGUUUUGUUGUCCUCUUUUUACUCUCCUGUACCUAAGACAUUUCUGGUUUAGACUUGAAAUUAUACUUCUGGUUAGUCUCACUUCUCUUCUCUGCAAUACAACAAAAAAACCCAAAUAGAGUAACUAGCAAUUGCUUGUUUUGUUAAUGAUAGGUUAAGCUAUAGAAAGUGGUUCUAGUAAAGAAGAAACUGUUUUCCUUUGGUACUGAGAUUGAAACAUCUGUCCAGAAAUUGGCUGACUUUAAAUGCUAUUGUUGCGAUACAGUCAGGAUACUGAAUAAUGGAUGUUUAAUGUAUUUAAGUGAUUGACACUUACUUGGUUUUAUGUGACACUACAGGCACCCUUCAAAAAGGGCACAACACAAUCAGAAAUAUUUGACUGGAAGGUUUCUUUUGGAAUCUGUACACCAUGAGUCAUCUUCUGAUUUCUGUAAGUCAAGAGAUCACAGGUGAUAGCAACUGGUGUCUAUGAUAAAUUCUACUAUGCAGGCUGUAUUACCUGGCAGAAUGUUACAAUCUGUGAAAUCUAAGUAAAGAGAGUAAAAGUGUUACACAGAGGAGAAACCUUCUGCCUUUUGGUUUAUCUGUGAGGUUUCAGAAAAAUAGAAAUAUGUAACAUCAAACCAAUAGAGCUUUUAAAUAAUGGUGAAAGAUUGUAGUGUUUCAAAUGAUUCCUACCGUUCACCUUGUGAUUUGUCCAUGUUCUAAAUAUCUUGCCAAAAAACAGGUGAUGAGUCACUUCUGACUCAUCUCUCCAGAUCAGCAGAACCCUUAGCACCUUGAAUGAAAUCAAAGUCUUUUCAUUUUACUCGCAUAUAAACUAAAGACUAAUGCUUAGCUUAAAAUGCAAGUAUUAUACCAAAAAUCCAAAGGGUAAACUUGACGUUACUAAUUGCACAUGGGGAGCAGACUGCAGACUUUGUCACCUGUGCCAGUGAGAUGUGAAAACUUGCUCCUAUAUGCGGUCAUUCAAAUAAACUUAAUAUACCCCUCUUUCUCAUGA